AUGCUUCAAGGACAAUACGUCAUUGAGAAGUGUGUGCCUGGACAGAGAGAUGGUGCACAAAGAUGGUUUGGAUAUUUCGUACAGUUUUUGACCGACAAGUUCGAUGCCCUUGAGUCUUGUGUUGAGAACCCGGCAAUCAUGCGUGUGCCCGAGGGCCCGAUGAUCAUGCAUGUCGACGAUGGUCUUACGCUUGCUCCCUUGACAUGGCUCAAGCAGAAGUACAUCCCUACAUUGCAAUCGCGUUUCGAGAUCUCGGUAGAGAUUGCGUACAAGAAUGGAGAUGUCUUUUCUUUCUUGAAGAGAAAGCACACUAUUUUGGAAUCUGGGAUUUUAGUGGAAGCUUCGAGCAGCUACAUACGACACAUGGCCGAAGUACUUGAUGUCAAGCACGGAUCGAAGCAUAACACACCAUAUCUUCCAGAGCUAAUUCGCGAAGAUGUAUCUGGUCCUCUUGACCCUGUUCGAGCAGGGAAGUUCAGGAGUGCACUGGGUAUUGCAUUGUAUUUGUCAAGUGAUCGCAUUGACAUCUGCUACUCUGUCCGACUUUUGGCAGGAUUCAUGUCAAAUCGCACCGAACAGGCAUGGAAAGGAUUGAUCAGACUAGCGAAGUAUCUGCUUAACACUGCUGAGUAUGCCACGUUGCUUUCACCCAAGCUUCCUGGGUCCACAGUCUUCCGCGAGGCGAAUCACGAUGAUAUGCCCAACCGAAUUGAGAUCUACAGCGAUUCUGAUUGGAGUGGACAUCGGGUUACAAGAAAGUCUUUUGGAUCCGCGUCGUAUGCAGUGAAUGGUUGUGUGUUCCAUCACAUUUGCAGGUCACAUCGCACUGUGAGUCUUUCAUCAGCAGAAGCCGAAUGGUAUGCUGCGAUAAGUGCUGCUUGCGAAGGAAUUUUCCUGAGGGCGAUUUUCGUCUUCAUGGCGGCGAUUACAGAAUGCUCCUUGGAUCUUAAGAUAGACAAUUCAGCAGCGAGACAGCUCGCCUUACGCCAAGGCGUUGGGAACAAGACUCGCCAUGUAGCUGGUCGUCUCUUGUGGUUGCAGCAAUCAGUGCGUGAGAAGAUCAUCGAUGUUGGAGCAAUUGCAAGCAUUUUCAAUCUUGGCGAUUUAUCUACAAAGAUGCACAGUGCCAAUCGUUUGCGAGCCUUACUGUUCUUGCAUGGUUUCGUUGAUGCUUUCACAGGAAAGGCUAUUGGCGAGGAAGAGUUUGCACAAAUGGCUCUGCAAGAUCAAGCAAAGAUGCAGGUGAAGAGAGUUCGUACUGAAUAUGCUCGGCAGCAUGGAGUGACCGGUUCCUUGAAGGGCGAAGCAAGCAGGCUGACGAAACAGGUAGCACUUCUUACUCUUCUUUGUUUGCCUACAACUGGAGAUGCAGCAGAGGCGGCGAAUCCGUACCAGCGUCAUGGCAUGGCGAACGUGACUUGGGCUACCGUCCUGUUGUGCUGUGGUUUGUGCAUUUACCGGGCCUUGAGCUGGGCUAGAGACUUCCAUGGUUUCGACAUGAACAGUCUUCUGGAAAUGAGCUCGCAAGACUUUGCGACCAAGAUGAUCAUGAGUCAUGAGUUUCAUCUUCCUGUGUGGACUGAUGCCGGAGUGUACCAUGGAGCAGUACAUGUGUUUCUUUCUUCUUGGGGUGGUGUGGACCAUGCAUCGCUACAUUCUUCAGCUGGAGCACAAAUUGCAACCGACGAGUACUGCUCAGGCGCUGCCGACUCAGCCUACCUCAGUGGGUUCUCCUUGGCAAUGAAGUUGACACGUGUCUUUGUGCCAAUCGCUGUGUCGCUGGUGUUUGAGCUGGACGCUGUUGCUCUGAAGGGUGAGAACAAGCAAAGUCUUCCAGAUCCCGAUCAGGUUUCAUUGCCUUCAGUUCCUGGUGUCGUGGAUGCUGGUAGAAAUGGCUUCCCCGAGCUUCCAACCGUGUCGUCUAUGCUGUCGGAUUCGUCACAAACUUUGAAUGGCAUAUCAACGCAAGCGCAGCGCUUGCAGACGCAGAUGCUGCAGGUACAGCAAGAGAACGCGGCACGGAUGGAGCGUCAAAAGGCCGUAUUUGACAGGAAGUUGAAGGAACAGGAGCAGAAGAAUCUGGAGGUGGUUAAGGAGAAUGCUUUGAUUGCCAAGAACAUCAUGGAAACAAAGAAGGCCGACGAAGACUUGCUGCAUCACUCAGAAUCCUUGCAGAAGGGAAAUGCACUUCGCCACAACGAGUUGAAGAUGCUUCAGGACCAGCUGGCAGCUGCACAGAAGUUCCUUACGGAAUCAGUUGAGCAGACGGAUGACAGCAAGGCCAAGGAGCUGGCAGUGCUGGGCGAGGAAGAUACUUCGCCCAAGGGGCUUUCCUUGCUGGCGCUUUCUUCGACCUCCCACACGGAGCCAGCGGCCGAGGCCAAGGCCAGUCAGAACAGCGAGAACAGCGAGCCCGAGGGAUUGAUCUCCAUGCUGGCCUCCGGCAUCAAGGCGUUGAAGAAGCAAGGGCAGGAAAGUGAAGCCAAGCUGAAGUCAAUCUUCCUCGCCGACUUUCAAGCCGGUGUCCGAAGAUACAAGGCUCUCCUCGACCAGCAGAAGGUUCUCAAGGAGACCCUGGAGACCAUGAAGACGUAUCAUUCUCGCCUUGAUGCAGCUGACAAGCACCUGCAGGCCACCCAAACCAAGAUGGAUGGGCGUCUCCACGAUGGCGGCAUGUUCAUGCAGAAGCUGUCUGAGUUGACCAUGGCACGUCCUGAGGCUGCGGUUCAGGCCUUGGAGAACCUGGCAAAGAAGUGA